GUUGCAGAGUCCUUGAGCUCCACUCAAUGUGAACGUUGCUAUCUUAGAGGACUGAUCUCUGCUUGGACUUCAGCAGCUCCGGACUGUACCAGUGGUUGGAGGGGGGGAGAUUUUCCUGCAGCCACUGCACCGAAACUGCUCCGAAAUCCUCUUUUUACCUACCUCUCCCACUUCUCAUCCGCCUCCUCCGAAAAUGUCAUCGGUACAAGUCAUUUACCACCAGAAGAUCCACAAUUAUCAUCUGAAUUCCGUGUUCCCCAAGGAUGACCUGCCAGCUGUGAAAGAACCUUUCGAGAACUGCUACCAAGUGGGUCCUGUCAUCGGUACCGGGGGAUUCGGUACGGUCUACUCUGGUGUCCGGAUCUCCGAUAAACUACCUGUUGCGAUCAAGCAUGUGUCUAGGGAUCGGAUCGGAGAGAUGAAGCACAUGAAUGGAACACUGGUUCCCCUUGAAAUCUAUCUUCUCAAGAAAGUGUCAAACGGCUGCCGCGGCGUCAUCCGGCUGCUGGACUGGUACGAGAGACCAGACGGCUUCAUCAUCAUCAUGGAACGGCCGGAGCCCGUGCAGGACUUGUUUGAUUUCAUCACAGAAAGGGGCGCUUUGGGAGAAGAACUGGCUUCCAAUUUUUUCCGGCAGGUAGUGGAAGCUGUGCGCCACUGCCACUCCUGCGAUGUUGUCCACCGGGACAUCAAAGAUGAGAAUAUCUUGGUGGAUCUCAGAACGGCGGAGCUGAAGCUGAUAGACUUUGGGUCUGGUGCUCUUCUCCGGGAUGCUGUGUACACAGACUUUGACGGUACACGAGUAUACAGCCCUCCAGAGUGGAUCCGGUUCCACAAGUACCACGGAAAGUCUGCCACGGUGUGGUCCCUGGGCAUCUUGCUUUACGACAUGGUCUGCGGAGACAUUCCCUUUGAACACGACGAUGAAAUUCUGAAGGGCAAGAUCCAGUAUCGCUGCAGGGUGUCUAGAGAGUGCCAACAUCUGAUCGAGUGGUGUUUAUCCAAGAGACCCUCAGACAGACCAUCUCUGGAGCAAAUCCUGGCUCAUCCCUGGAUGUCUCAGGAUAACUUCCUUGAUAAAAAAGACAAUGGCAAAGUUUCACGAAAGCUUGACCAAGAGGCCACCACCACAAGCAAGGACAGCCUCUGAUCACCUAAAGAGACACUCCCUGAGUGAAAUGGGAUGGAUCUGAGAUGCAGUCCCUAAAAGGAUGGGCUGGCGUGGACCUGUGCACCCAGUCUGCAAGCUGGGAUUCCCACGGGGACAGAAGGAGCUGUCCCACCAGAGCAAGAGAUACCUCAUGGGAUCCCAGAAAAGGGACUUCUGCCUAGACAUGUGGUGACCUCAGACUGUGAUACUUACCUUGGUGGUUCCUCCUCCUUUCUAAAAGAUGGACUUUGAAGGUGUGAGGAGAGAUGAGAAGGGUUUGGGGCCCUGUGUAGCCCUUGUUGGGGUUGAAAGAGCAAUCAUACAAUGCAUUUUGUUUAUCUACUUAUCCCUGUAACAUCAUGGGUUUUUAAUCUGCCGACGGCACGGGUUUUCUUUUUGAAUUUUUUUAACCAUCCCUAAGUAUUUGCUCAUUUUGAAUGUGCAUUCACUUCCAAUUUACAUCAGGGGGGGAGUAGUCCCUUUUUCUCUGUUGGCCUAUGCUAUCAUUUAGUAACACCACCCACCCAACAGAGAAAAAUAAUAGAAAUAUUCUAUAUUGAUGAUAUCUUGGUACUUCCUGCUUGCACAGAGCCAAUGAUUUACCUUGAAUGCACCUUUUCAAAAUGCUGUUUUGAUAAAUACAAAGACUUGAUGUGGAAAAUUGCAGGUUUUGCACUGUCGUUGCCCGCUGUAGAUUUAGUGCAGGUUCUGAGAACAGAGCGUGGAGAGCAGUCAUUGGCUCUGUGAGUGCAAGGAACUUGUGUUUCAAUUUUUUUUUUUUUUUUUUUAAACCCAUUGUGCAGUAUGGAGAGCUGGAAAUGUCUUAAACAAGCAGUGAAACGUACAAUGCUGAACACAAUCUUGUGGAGUUACAAUGCUUGUUUUUUCUGUGUUAACUCUGUGUGCAACCUUGCUGCUGGUGAGGGUUAAUUUAAAUCUUCCUCAGGGAAUCGAAUGCCAGACCGGUUUUACUGGCCGAACCUGACUUUUUUCCUAGUCUUGUCAGGGAAUCGAUGACUCUUCCGAAAAAGAAAAAAAAAACCUAUUCCACGCCUUGAGUGAGGAUGUGUGUAAUUCAUUUAGUGCUUCAGAAACUGAAAAAACAGCCAGUGCUAUAGAUUUAGUGUUCUCCAAAAUUUUUGGGCUUUUUCCCUCCCAUUGCCUUAGGUUAAAUGUCUGUCAACAAUAUUAGUUUUCAAUUGGUCUGACCUUCUCCCUUUUGUUUUUAUCUUUACCUGGCUUCUGGGAAUUGUAGUUUAACAACCCGGUAGUCCUACAGUCCAAUGCCUUUCUAUUAUGUUUGUAGGGAUCAGAUCAUUCUUGUAAUAGGACAAGCAUUGAAUAUACUAGAGUAUUCCUCUAACAGGAAUGUGAGAACACUCCUUAUUCCAAUAUUCAGUGCAAUAGAAUGGGGGUGAGGCAGUAAGGCCGUUCUGCUAUCUACCCAAUUAAAUAGGGAGGGGAUUGCUGCAGGUGGAGAUGGGCUCACUGCACAGCAGGGAAUUAAAUGGAUCAAUCUGAUAAAGCACAGCCAUGCCUCUUCCUGAUUAUAUAUGUCACCCCCAGGCAGACAUUGGCCAAAUUUGGACAGAGAAAAUUAAGUGCAUUCUUCAAUGGAAUCUAUAUGCUGCUUUGGUUUUCUGCAGAUGGGGGAGGGUGGGACUAAAUCCUGAAAAGAGAAACCUCGUUUACAUCAGGGUUGGGCAGAUGCAGCUGAACUGGCAUCACAUAACAGGCAUUUGGGAGGCUGUUGUAGUUCAGCUACAUCUGAAGGGCUGCUGGCUCCCCCCACUCCUGGUUUACAUUGUGGGAUCUCUAGGUUGGGAAAAGAGCUCUGUCGAUUGAUCUGUUGGACAAAUUAAGAUAUGGUCUGUCGGUCGGUAUCUUCCACUGACCAGAUCGUACCAUAGACCAGGGACUCCAUCUUCAGUCCUGCAGCUACUUUGCAACCGCAGCUUCAGGAUAUCUGGGGCUUGGGGGGUAGCAGAACAGCUGAAUACUUGAAGGAUCCCUAUCCUUAUUAUUGACUUGAGUUUUGUCUGCCCAAAACAAAAAAGCUUGCACAGCAGCACAACCUGGUUGGCAAAGCUGAUUCCUGCAGUUAUGAAAGGGUUAUUAAUCCUUUCCUAAUCAAUCAUUCCCAUGUCCGCUAAGAAAAAAAAAAAAAACACGUAACUCUUUGCUGUCCAAAGACACAAGCUGCAAAGGUCCACCUGGCGAAAGGGUUAAGAGAUUUUCUUUUGGGUAUAUCCUGUACCUUUUAUGCAGUGUUCACUGGUUAUGUCCUAAUUUAUUUAAUUUAAUCUGUGUAAAACUUCAUGCCUUUUCAUUAGUAUCUAUUUUGUUCAAGGAAAAGAAACUUUAUUUAUGAUAGAGACCUUUUUUUGGGGGGUUUCCAUUUGAAAUAUGAACUGAACGGUAUUUAUAAAAAGAAAUUUUGUUAUAUUCUGGAGAUCAGAUUUUUUUUGCCUUUGGUCAGUUUUAUUUAAGUGUUAAUUUUAUCUAUUUCUUUUAAUAAAAUUUUUUUUUACCAAGUA